CUGACGGCGGCCAGACAAAAGAAGGAGAAGGCGAAGGAGACGCGGAGGGAGCGCAGGCGAGGCGGAGGGGGGAGCGCAGCAAAUGGCCACGGAGGAGACGGCGGGGGGAGCCAGGAAAGCCACCAAGAGCAAACUGUUUGAGUUCCUGGUCCAUGGAGUGCGUCCCGGCAUGCCGUCCGGGGCAAGGAUGCCCCACCAGGGAGCGCCGAUGGGCCCCCCCGGCCCGCCGUACGGAGGCAACCCGGCGGCGCGUCCCGGCCUGCCCUCCCCGGUGAUGGAGGCCGGCCGCAAGAGGCCCGCCCCAUCCCAGCAGUCCCAACAGCAACAGCAGCAGCAGCAGCAGCAACAACAACAGCAGCAGGCAGUCCAGAACCGGGCCAGGAAGAAGCCGCUGGGAUUCCCGGGAGGCGGCGAGAUGGCGGCCAGGCCCGUGGACAUGCGGGAGCCCCAAUCAGAUCCCACGCUUGGAUCCAAUGCAAAGAGAAGGAAAAUGGCAGACAAGAUUCUCCCACAAAGGAUCCGUGAGCUGGUCCCCGAGUCCCAAGCCUACAUGGACCUGCUGGCCUUCGAACGCAAGCUGGACCAGACUAUCAUGCGCAAGCGCGUGGACAUCCAGGAGGCACUCAAGAGGCCCAUGAAGCAGCAGAAGCGUAAAUUGAGGCUGUACAUUUCCAACACCUUCAACCCGGCACGGCCCGACGCCGACGACUCGGACGGCAGUAUCGCGUCGUGGGAGCUGCGGGUGGAGGGAAAGCUGCUGGAUGACCCGGGCAAGCAGAAGAAGAAAUUCUCCUCGUUUUUCAAGAGUCUGGUGAUCGAACUGGACAAAGACCUCUACGGACCCGACAACCACCUUGUGGAGUGGCAUCGCACAGCCACCACGCAGGAAACGGAUGGCUUCCAAGUCAAGCGUCCGGGAGACGUGAGCGUGCGCUGCACGCUGCUGCUGAUGCUCGACUACCAGGUGACGAGGAGCUCAUGUCGUGUCACGUCAUGUCAUAACACAUCAAUCCUUUUUUCUUUUUUUUGCUCAUGCUUUUCCGUCGCUCAGCCCCCCCAGUUCAAGCUGGACCCCCGUUUGGCGCGCCUGCUGGGCAUCCACACGCAAACGCGCUCAUGCAUCAUCCAGGCGCUGUGGCAGUACGUCAAGACCAACAAGCUGCAGGACUCGCACGACAAAGAGUACAUCAACUGUGACAAGUACUUCCAGCAGAUCUUCGACUGCCCGCGGCUGAAGUUCUCCGAGAUCCCCCAGCGUCUCACCAACCUCCUGCUUCCCCCGGACCCCAUCGUCAUCAACCACGUCAUCAGCGUGGACCCCAACGACCAGAAAAAGACGGCGUGCUACGACAUUGACGUGGAAGUGGAGGACCCACUGAAGAGCCAGAUGAGCAGCUUCCUGCUGUCAACCGCCAACCAGCAGGAAAUCGCCACGCUGGACAACAAGAUCCAUGAGACCAUUGAAUCCAUUAACCAGCUGAAGAUCCAGAGAGACUUCAUGCUGAGUUUCUCACGGGAUCCCAAAGGCUACAUCCAGGACUGGCUCAAGUCCCAGAGCAGAGACCUCAAGCUGAUGACUGACGUGGUGGGCAACCCCGAGGAGGAGCGCCGCGCGGCCUUCUACCACGAGCCGUGGUCCCAGGAAGCCGUCAGCCGAUACUUCUACUGUAAGAUCCAGCAGAGGAGGCAAGAGCUGGAACAGGCCUUGGCUGUCCGCAACACCUAAACAAAGACCCCCUGCACUAGCGUGUGUCCCCCUUUACAUGUGUGUGGCUUUACGCAUGUGUGUGUGUUGGCAUUGUUCUCGUCGAGGGAAGACCUCCGCCAAGGCCAAAGGUCAAGGUCAGAAUAUUAGGUACACCAGCACUGAAUCAUACUGAGUGGCUCAUAUUUUAUCCCCCAUGUUAUGUAGCUAAAUAACCCAAAUAUUAGCAACAGCUCUCAGUCUGAUGCAUCCUCCUUUGUGUGUUGUCUUUGUAAAGGUACCUAAUCAAGUGGCCGUUGUGUGUAUUUUGCCACAAAUUCAUACAUUGCCGACAAAGAAACAAAAAAAAAAAUGCAACUCUGUCGAGUCAUUUUUGCUCAGAGCUAAAUGUCUUUGGCGGAGGUAAAAAAAAAAAAAACAAGUAGCGAGACCGCAAUGAAGGGUUUUGGUUUUUUUUUCGAUGUUCUUAGACUCAAGUCCAAUGAAGAUUUCAGAUCAUGCAAAAGAAAGGGACAAGGCAGUGAACGCUUUGGUUUGUGUGUCUUUGGUCUUCAUCCCACCAGCAAAGUGAUUGGCUGAAUGCAGCUGUCACACACUCAAACUUGAUUUCAUUUCUUCCUUCCGAAAUCAAUCAGAAGACUUCCAAAGUGUCACAUUUGAGUGUCUAUGUGAACAGGGUGGAGUCCCACCCUCUUCAGUGUUAUGCAAAUCCAUUGAAAUAUUGAUCCCCCCCCCCCGACCAAUCGCAAAUGACGAGCGUGCGGAUUGGCUGCCGUCGCCUCACGUGUCAACGCUCACGCUGAAGUUGAUGAAACGAGCUGCAUUUGUGGGUUUUUUUUUUUUUUUUUUUUUUUUACAAUUUCCAAUGAGACUGCAUGGAAAGCUAACAGUUGGUAUGCUAACAUGAAGCAAGAGCGCAAGGCGAGUCGGGAAAUUGUGAGGGUGGCUUGAUGAUGAUGUUACGCCUUGCCGUGUAGUCACAUGCGACAGUGGUGCCUUGAGAUCACAAUUGGCCAAGUAGUGAAAGUCAAAACAGACGAGGAAAUCUCCUCUGCUCCAGUAGGACGACAACAGGCAAGCAUUUGGAGAAAAAAAAAAUUUAAAUACCUGAAUCGUUCGUUCAGUCAUUUUUCCCUCUCCCGAGAAAAAAAAGGCAUGUGUUUUUUUUUUUUUUAAUAAGGAAAAGCUACUUGAUAAAAAGAGUGUUAUAAAAUCAUGAGCUAGAAUGCCAAGAAUAGAACAGUUUGUGCUGAAUUCCUUAUUUCGUGCUGCUGUGCCUGCCUUGGCCACUAGGGGGGCAGGAUAAGAAAGUCAUGCACUCAUGAAGAAUAGUGCUUCUACUACUGCGACUCAGUAAGCUGCUGUAAUAGUCGUUUUUUUUUUUUAAUAGAAUAUAUGCCUGCAAGUAUUGUCUGUCUACAUGUGUUACUCCACAUUUGUUGCUUGUAAAAGCGCAAGUGCAAAAUAUGAGUAUGCCAAUGGCGUUUUACAUCGUUGGUUAGCAUAAAGCUAAGCGGACUUUUCUAAUGAAUACACAAGGUGUAUUUAUUUCGGUUUCGGUUUGGUUUUGGUCUCAACUUCAGCUGGGCGUGGCAAUAAACAGCCAGAGGCCUUUUGGGAACAUUUCCUCACCAUCUGCCCAAGUAAUAAGAAUAAGAAUGCUCAAGUUUGCUCAAGUCAAACUAAACACCACCUGAAUGACAGCUCGUAUCUCGAAGAACCCACAAGUCGACUCCCCGGUAUCUCUAGGCACCGCUGUAUUUCCAGUGAGAUCAUGCUAACAUGCUAACAGUGAAUAUGCUAACAUGUAGCAAGAGAGCAGCCCAUGUUUUGUGUGUGUGUGUGUGUGUGUGUGUGUGUGUUUUUACUGAUGACGAGAUGUGAAUGUAAAUAUGUUUUGUGGUUUGUUGUCUGAAGGAUGUGCAAGACGUCAACGGUGGGCGGCACAUGUGCCCGUUUCACUUCAACUCACCACAUGUGUAUGUGCAUAUUUUUUUUUUCUUUUUAAAGAAGGGUGACACUUGUUUGUUUUUGUUUUUGCGUCAAAUGAAGAUUUGGUGUUGGAACAUGGCAGAUGUUCCCUUUUUUCUUCUUUUUUUUUGAAUUUUGCACUGUGCUGUAAAUUGUCCGCCUCCUCCUCCUCUUGAUCGUCAGCCUCGCAGGCGACACACACGUCACUCGAAACAAUUCACAGUAGACGCACACGCUUCUUCACUCCUCGGCCUCUGCAUGCUUCCAACCAUCAAACACUAGCUGUAAAUAAACACGCAUACGCUCUGUACACUUAGCAUGUUGCUCAAAUUGGACGGGCGGGGGGCCAC